AUGGUUGAGGCCUUCGCUCAGCGCCUUCGAGCUUGCGUAUCUCCCGACGAGGCCGAAAUUCUCCACACCGAAGCGUCGGGGAGAUUUAACUGCCAACAAGACGCUUACAUCUCCAAUCUUAUCGUCCAAAUGUAUGGGCGAUGCGGCAGCGUCGAGGCUGCUCGUCGCGUCUUCGAUGCCAUUCACGCACCCAAUUCUUUCUCCUGGAAUAUCAUGCUUUCGGCAUAUGCCACGAAAGGGCAUUUGGACGAAGCAAGUGCUUUCUUCAAUGCUAUGCCAAGUAAAACAGUGAUAUCCUGGACGACUAUAAUGACAGCGUACAAGGACUAUGGUCAAGUAGAAACAGUGAAAAAAAUAUUUGACGCUAUGCCGUAUAGAAACAUAGUCUCCUGGACAACUAUGAUCGACGCAUAUAACGCAAAAGGGCAUUUGUAUAAAGCAAAAUUUACCUUUGAUUCAAUGCCAGAGUGGGAUGCCGUCACGUACAACUCGAUUCUCGGAUCGUUUCUUGAAAACGAAGAUCUUCAUGGCGCGAGAAAGAUCUUCGAUUUGAUGCCAGAGCGAAACAUAAUCUCAUGGACCGCUAUCGUGAUCGCAAUUGCCCGGGCUGGGGAUCUUGGCGAGGCCGUGACUUUGCUCCACCGGAUGCCCGAAUGGUCGCUGGUGGUGUGGAAUGGCCUGCUUCACGCUUUUGCUACUACAUCCAACGAUGUUAUCGGCGAGAUCGUCGCCGCUAGGACGAACAAUCUCGAGCUCGCGCAAGAACUCUUCGCUUCCAUGCCCGAGAGAAACCUCGUCUCCAUCAACACGAUGCUAGCAGCGUACACUCUCAAGAAUUCGAUGAACAGGGCAGUCGAUCUCUUCGAAAGGAUGCGCGAGUGGGACAUUGUGUCGUGGACGACGCUCCUGGUGGGAUUCUCUCGAGCCGGGCGAGUGGAAGAGGCCGCCAAGGUCUUCUCCGCGAUGCCGGAGCAAAACGUCGUCUCCUCCACGGGAAUGCUGCAAGCCUACGCCCAAAAUGGGCAUCUGGAACAAGCAAAGCUCCUGUUUGAUCGCAUGCCGGAGAGGAAUCCAGUCUCCUGGACGACGCUGCUCGUCGCAUUCUCGCGAUCCGGCUACCUGGGCGACGCCAAAUCGCUGUUUGAUUCCAUGCCCAGCCACAGCCUCGUCUCCUGGAACGCGAUGCUGGCGGCCUACACGCAAAACCUGCAAUCCCACCGCGCGAUGGCGCUCUUCCACGAGAUGCCGGAGCGCAAUGUCGAUUCCUGGAACACCCUUCUCGCCUCGCUCACUCGCGACGUGGAAUUGGCGAUCCUGAUCUUCGAUCGAAUGCCGCAGCGCGAUCUGGGAUCUUGGAACACUGUGAUCGCGGCAGCUGCGCAUUCCGGGCGCGGCAGGGAAGCGAUCGAGCUCUUCCGGGAGAUGCAAUUGGCCGCCGGAAUCCCAGACGAGGUUUCCAUCUCGAGCGUCCUCACGGCGUGCACGCACCAAGGCCUGGUGGAGAUCGCACGGCAGGUGGUCAUUUCGUUCCAGAAUGACUAUGGGAUCCAACCGCUGAGGGAGCACUACAGCGGCAUGCUGGACAUUCUGGGCCGAUCUGGACACUUGGAAUGCGCGGCCAAUCUCGUCCGCACGAUGCCAUACACUCCGCGAAUUCCAGAUUAUGGAGCACUGCUUGCCUCGUGUAAAACUCUCGAGAACGUAGAGUUUGGAGGAGAGAUAGCACGAAAGCUUGUGGAGCUUAACAGAGAUGAUACUUCGUCCUAUGUCUCGGUUGCCAAUACUUACACUGGAAAUCUCGGUCGACUGUAA